AUGUCUGCAACCAUCAGCUUCAGAAAGUCGAACCAGAUAACCAUCUUCGGCACUGGAGUGGUCUCGCCAAACCACCAGGUCCAAGUGACGGGCGGGAUCCUGGACGGAUCCACCAAGAAAUCCUUCACUCUCAAAGGCUCAAAAACUGCGUCCCUCAUUGCGGACGACAACACACUCGCCGUUAACCACACCUCGUCGGCAGGCGGUGCUAUCGCGCUCAAGUUCAUGUACUCCGAGGACGGCGGGAAGACGUGGAAGCCCAGCACUUUCGGCACGCAUGUUCACUUCCGCGCUGAAGCAGUUCGCCGCCAUCGCGACAUCGUCACUCAAAUUAUCCCUGAUUCGGGAGACAAGAACCAUCACGCGAGCAUCACAAUUGUGCAGAUGCCACUGACGAUGUACUAA